GUUCCCAGUGGGACGUGGUAUUUGUUCCCUCUUGGGGUUUUUUUCUUGAACUUGGUUUUGGAUUGUGUUAAUUGCCCCUGCGUGAAGAUAAAAGGGGCAGGAGGAGUGACUGCAGACACUGUAGUUAUAGCUGAGAUAAUAUGUGUGUGGGUUGGUUGUUAAGGACAAGAGAAUUUCAGUUUUUCUUCUCAGAAAUGAAGAUAUUUUAUUUUUUUUCAAUUCCUAUACGACAAAGGCACAGGGCCAAUAAUGCCUUUUUAACCCAGUGUUUCUUUGAGGUGUUCACCCGAAAGCUUUAGACUGAUGCCUACUACAACUUUACCAGAGCUUUAACUGCCCAGCCUAAGAUGAAGUUCUUGAAUGAGGUCUUGGAAAGCCUUGGCAGAAGAAAUCUCUGCCAUAUGAAAGAGUUUUCAAAAAGGCUGUUGAAGAAGGAAUGACUGAGGCGUUGAGGGCCCUGGCCCUGCUGAUAGACUGGAAUCUGGUCUGUGUCACCAUGAAACUGUGUUUAUGCAGAGAGUGUGUCAAUAACAGCCGAAGCGCCCUUCCUGGGAGAUCUUACAGCCUGGUGGUUACGUUGUUCUGGGAGAUGGCAGAGGGUGGAUUCGUACGUCUUCAGGCAGAGGGAACUGGAUUGUGCUCUCCUACUUUCUGGGUGAGUAAACAAACUCUUAAGCUACUGCAAUAAAACACAUAGUGUCACCAGUUUGGUGACUCCAGUUCCCUGGUGUAUUUUUCCAACUGAGACAGGUGAAUUUGACCCCAAUUCAGCAUUUCUGGAAUGCCUAAAGUUUGGUAAUUUUGGCUGACUUACUACCAGAGAACCCCAAAGUUCCUGUUCCUUGCUACAGCCUUUCCAGAACAAGAAGGAUAUAUUUAUUUUCUGAAGAUUUCUGUAGGCAUUUAAAUAGAUCCAGCAAAGAAGAGAGAGGAAAAUCGGUUAUCCAGGCGAUCUGGGCUGGAAACAGUCGCUGCAGAGCACACGGGGAGGAGGAGGAGGAGGGAAGGAUCCCGAGCUGCUGGACACAGCAUGACCACGGAGGAUCUCGCUGGCGUGACACCACUCGUGACAGUGAGUUAAGGUGAAGCAACUAAUUACCCUCAGAAGUCUUUUCCUUGUGGAGGUCUGUGCUGACAGUGACUAAGGGGCUGUUGGUUAUUGAAAAUGGAAGAAACAAGGAAGCUCUCUCCAAAGCUGUGUAAAAGCAAAGAACCUGUGAAAACAGAAUGGGGGUCUCAGAGUGUUGUAUUUACCUAUUUCCAAGGGGAUAUUAACAGCGUGGUAGACGAACAUUUUUCUAGAGCUCUAAGCAAUGCCAAGAACCCACAAGACCUGAGCACAAAGCACAAGGGUGAGACCCUUGUCCUGAAGAACGUAGAUAGCAUGUCUCCCCAUCAGUGGAAUAUCUCUUCACAUUGCUCCAAACCAUAUCCAUCAUCUUCUGCUCCGAGCAUGUCAAAUUCUGGGCUGAAUUUUUCUGCUGCUGGCAUGGCGGGCCCGUUCCAGCCGUCAGCUCUGCGGAGUCAUCCAACUCAGCCGGCAGAUUUAUGGCCUUUCCCUUCCAUCGGGACUCCCGGUCUUACCAGUUCAGUCUAUCAUCAUGCCUUGCCCGACCUGCACGCGGUAGAUGAACCCGUCUCUGACAGGAAAUACGGUUCUCUUCUUGGUCUCCUGCAACAGGAAAGGUGCCUGACAUCCAUGCAAGAAUGCGGCGUGAAGCAACACUCGAGUUCUGCUUGUAUGACUGGACCUGCUAGGUUACAAAAUAUAAGUCAGAGUUCAGCUCCUGGGGGAGAGAGGAAAGCAAGCUCCUACCAAGGCUCAGAAAAUCCCAGCGUAAGCCAUGCCACUGCAGGUAUUCAGAUCCAUGACAGAAGACGAGAUUUGUACUUUUAGCAACCGAAUGUUUUCCACUUUUUUCUGAAAGAGAAAGUUCCCCCUGUGAACUUGUUUUAUUUGCGACUGUGAAUCAAGAAGAUACAAACUGCGGAUAUUCUGUGCUUUUCCUCUCAGCUGGAAGAAUACAUGUACUAUUUGCUAUGUGGGGAAUGAAAAAUCAUCUUUUGCUAUUCAGUAAAUAAUUUCUGAUAGCUGUGGGAUUAAACCUGACAGUAUGUUUGUUGUGAAGAAAUGUUGUCAACAUAAGGCUUUUCGUGUAGCCCCCUUGAAAGGAGUUGGCACCUCGUAAUCUUUCUGUGUUUAUUCAUUUACCAUCUCUUGAUAAGAAGCACAAUUCUCGUCGAUGCAGGUGAUAACUGAUAAGCACAGGGCUGCAGUUAGCAGAAAUUCAGUGCUGCAGCUCCUUAGCUCGAUUUCAUACCUCCAUAUCCUUUAAAAUAGUCUUAGACCACAGGCAACAGCCUUCAAAACAGCCACAGGUCAGUGAAGCACAUUAUAAUAUUUAUGUUUUGGAAGCACAAUGAUUUGUAACCAUUGCAAUUCACAGGGAUGUUCUUCAGAAGCCAUAUAAUAUGCAUAUGCCUGAAGUCUGUUUUGCCCUCUCAUAAUGUAUAAUCAUCUUUUAGAAAACAGUGAAUUAACGCUAGAACUGGGAGGAAAUCUGCAUCCUCGUUGGAUGCAAUUAAAAUACCAUUGAGCGG